UUGGACGCCAUGGAGCUAAUGGACGCUAGGACCAAGAUGUUUUACCUAAUAGGAAUCGUCUAUAUUAUACAGCUUGUUGACGGAGAUGCCAGGACAACGCGUGCCGAUAUCAAUGCAGUGUUGGGCGGAAGCGAAGAUCCAAAUUUUUGGCCUUCCCGGGGUCGCAGAAAUAAUCCAGUACCCAACAAAUUCAAACAAUAUUGGGACAGAAAAUUCAACAUAGCCAACAUUCACGGGAAUCUGGAAAAACCAUUGUACGUGGAAGAACCUAUGUGGGUGACAAUGGACAGAAGGGCCGACGUCGAUGACGACUAUUUCUGGGUGACGAGGGGAAGGAGGGCAAGCAGUUGGAAGCAUCCCACGUUUGUGAAGUUUUCGUCCAACACUUACAGGGACGAAAUGGAGAGCAAAGUGAAAUAAUACCCAAAAUAGAUGGCAAACUGGAAGAACAAAUACCGAGCAGUAGUGAUCUAAUUACUUUGAAUUCUAUUGUUAUUAUUAUUAUUAUUAUUAUCUUAUAGUCGAAUAACAAAAAUACGACAACUACUAUUAAUAUUAUUAUUAUAU